CAAGGUCAGUGUGUGGGUUGAGCUUCAACACAAUGACAUCAAUUGCUUCCACUGUAUAAAAUGGACAAAGACUGAUGUGAGAACCAAGACCAAACUUUACUGCGGCCAGCUGAGCCACUGGAAUACAGUCUCUCAGGAUGUCAAUCUACCCAGAAUGCAGUUGGCUCCUCUUUGCAUGCAUGUGCCACCUCCUUGUGUCUGCUGGAGGCUCUGUACUGCAGCCUUGCGAGCCAAUCAAUGAGACCAUUUCUGUGGAGAAAGAUGGAUGUCCAAAAUGUCUGGUGUUCCAGACCUCCAUCUGCAGUGGCCACUGCAUGACCAAGGACCCAAGCUACAAGAGCCGACUGUCCACGGUGUACCAGCGAGUGUGCACGUACCGGGACGUCCGCUACGAGACAGUCCGUCUGCCCGAUUGCCGCCCCGGAGUGGAUCCCCAUGUGACCUUCCCCGUGGCUCUGAGCUGUGACUGUAACCUGUGCACCAUGGAGACCUCUGACUGCACCAUCCAGAGCCUGAGGCCUGACUUCUGCAUGAGCCAGAAAGCCACUCUCCCUGCUUAG